AUGGAACAGGGCGUGAGCGGGGCCGUCAAACAGCCAUUCUGGGCCGACCUUCCCUAUACUGAUAUUCACCUCUCAAUUACCCCCGACAUUCUACAUCAGCUCUAUCAGGGGGUCUUUAAGCAUCUUGUCUCGUGGUGCCAGGACCUUCUGAGCCCUGAUGAACUCGACAACCGACUUCGCUGUCUACCCCAGGCGUUCGGUAUCCGGCACUUCAAGAACGGAAUCUCCUCCCUAGCCCAGAUCUCGGGCAAGGAGAGGAAGGAGAUGGCGCGUGUGCUCCUGGGAUGCCUCAUCGGCAAAAUCCCCAAGCCCGUCAUGCUCGCCUUCCGCUCAAUCUUGGAUUUCAUUUACCUGGCUCAGUACCCUACUCACGAUGACGAUACCCUGCAGUAUAUGCAGGACGCCCUGAAUACCUUCCACAAGCACAAGGGCGUGUUGGUUGAGCUGGGUAUACGGGACGACCUGAACAUACCGAAGCUUCAUUCCCUCCUCCAUUAUAUCGACUCAAUUCGGAUGUUCGGCACCACGGACAACUACAACACCGAAAUGUUUGAACGCCUACAUAUCGAUUUUGCGAAGGACGCCUGGCGCGCUUCGAACCACAGGGAUGAGUUUCCCCAGAUGGUCAGAUGGAUCACCCGUCAGGAGAAGAUCGCCCUCUACGAGGCUUACCAGAAUGAGUGUCAGGCGGAUGCGGAUGAGGGCGCAACCCUACGUCUCAACCGCCAAGAGUUCGCAAGGACGUACCUGCCCUUCGAUCGCGUGGACGUCUACCACAAGUUCCGUUUCAAGCCCUGUGCCCUGUCAGAUGGCAAGGAGGAGGAAGACGUGGUCAAGGCCGUUCCAGGAGCCAUCCGUCUUGGAAGGAAAAACCGUUUUGACACGGUGAUCGUGCUUGAAAACGAGGAGGCUGAAUCGACUGGUGUCAGAGGUACAAGGGCGGCGCGGGUGAAAAUCAUAUUUACCCUGCCCAAGAAGCUUCCUGUUUCUCAAGGCGGCGGGCCAGCACCCGCGUGGUGGCCGCAGGAGCCCCUUGCUUAUGUCGAGUGGUACAACCGAUUUGCAAGGGCACCGGAUCUAGUCCAUCUCAUGUACGCCGUGGGCAAGGCGCCGCGGCGGGCUGACGGUCUACCACAGGGGAAAAUCAUACCUCUGUCGCAGGUCCGUCAGUCAUGCCACCUCAUACCUCAUUAUCCAGUAGGGUCUCAAGGGGCGGUUCCUGUGGACUGGACUUCGGAAAACGUACUGGAAAAGGCGGCGAGUUUUCACCUUAAUAACUGGGGCGGAACAUACGCCUACCAGACCUUAUGGUGA